UGUCAGAAACUUAACCUGUUUUUUUCUUAUGCUCGCCUAAUGCGUCGAUCGCGACAAAUUGUGAUAAUAUUGCUUCAGUGAAAAACGAUAUGACGGAGUGCGAAUUAAAUCAAAUAUUUUUGGGCGAAGUUGCGUCCAUUCAAAAUUAUGGAGCUUUUAUCAGAAUACCGGGUACCUCGCAGCAAGGUUUAAUACAUCGAUCACAGGUAAGCUCGGCUCAUGUCGACAAUGUUGCAGACAUUUUGCAAAAGGGUGAACGAGUCUGGUGUAAAGUGAUCUCUGUGGCGGAGGAUGGCAAGAUAGGACUGUCCAUGAAACAUGUAAAUCAAGGAAAUGGUAUGGAUUUAGAUCCUAAUGGCGUAGAGUUACAAAGGGAUAUACAGCGACGGAAAGCUCCAGGAAUGAUUCAGCGUAAAGCUAUACAGUUGGAGGCGGUACUCAAUACCACAUGCUCAAAGUGUGGGACUAGAGGACAUUUGUCCAAGGAUUGUUUCAUGUCUCCUGAUGGAAAAAAGUACGAAUUGAUUCCAGAAAUUGAGGAAGAAAGUAUUCCUCCAGAUCCAGUUGAAGAGAAGAUGGAGAAAAAGGGAGAAAAGAGGCAUAAAUUGAAAAAGAAAAAAAAGAAGUCAAAGAAGAGUAAGCAAUCUACUAAUGAAAGUGAUACGGAAGAUAAAGAGAGAAAUAAGAAAAAAAUUAAAAAAUCUUCCAAAGAACGUAAGAAGCACAGAGAGAAACGUAGCAGCAGUUCAAAUGACUCCUCCGAUAACUCGUCAUCCAGCCAUGAUGUAAAAGCCCAUAAGCGAAAACAUUCAGAGGACAAUGAAACUCGUACAAAAAAAUGCAAACAUUCCAAAACCAAGCAUCCAGAUUAAUUGAUGUCAAUUAAACGUUUUUUCAUAGACAUAGCUAGAUUUUGAUAUGUGUUCUACAUAUAUCAUAUGUAAUUUCUGACAUACAAAAUAUAUAAAAUAAAUGUCAAUUGUAAAAAUUGAA